AAUGUUUGAUGAGAAUUUGUAUUCAAGGCUGUUACAUCAAACUGGUACUUUUCUGCCACAGCUUAAAGUUAAAGGAUUUCACUUCUACAUUGUCUGAAAUGAUCAAGAUAAGACAAAUUCGACACUUGCAUAGAACAGCUGUGUGCAAUGCCAGUGGAGCUUUAUUUGUGCACAGAGACAGUCCUGAAAAUAAUCCAGAUACUCCAUUUGAGUUCACACCUGAAAAUCAGAAGCGAAUAGAAGCAAUCGUAAACAACUAUCCAGGGGGACACAAAUCUGCAGCUGUGAUGGCAGUACUAGAUCUGGCCCAAAGACAGCAUGGAUGGUUGCCCAUAUCAGCUAUGAACAAGGUCGCUGAAAUUUUAGAAAUGCCUCGCAUGAGAGUGUAUGAAGUAGCAACUUUCUACACAAUGUAUAAUCGUAAACCUGUUGGGAAAUACCAUAUCCAGGUCUGCACUACCACGCCUUGCAUGCUGAGAGACUCUGAUAGUAUUUUAGAAGCCAUUAAGAAGAAACUCGGUAUAAAAGUUGGGGAAACAACACCUGAUAAACUCUUCACACUGAUAGAAGUGGAAUGUUUAGGAGCUUGUGUGAAUGCCCCAAUGGUACAAAUAAAUGACAAUUAUUAUGAAGAUUUGACACCCAAAGAUAUUGAAGACAUAAUUGACGAUCUUAAGGCUGGCAGAGUUCCCAAACCUGGUCCAAGGAGUGGACGUUUUUCUUGUGAGCCAGCUGGUGGCCUUACUUCUCUGACUGAACCACCCAAAGGACCAGGGUUUGGAGUUCGAGCUGACCUCUAAGGAUUUUUAUAAUUUGUGGUAAACUCUGAAAAUAAUAAAGUAACUUUAAUCUCAGUAAAAUGAUUUAUGUUUAAUACUUUAAAAAAAAAAAAAAAAGGGGCAGCAAGCAACAGGAAGUGUAAUGCCUCUAACUCAUCAUGGUACUAACUGCUGUAGAGGAUAAUCAUAAUUAGUUCUAGAUUAUAACAAAGUGGUUCUGUAGAUUGAAAAGUGACUCACUCAAGGAGUCCAUUUAUGAACAUCAAUAGGUCAAAAGAUAUUAACUCCAGUGACAAGUCUUUGAACUUUUACUAAGUAAAUGUUCUUCAAAAAAGGAGCAAAAAUGAUUAAACUGAAGGUUUGGCAAACGCACAAGCAAUCACACUGAAAAUGGAUCCUCUGACAAUUUCAUUGCAUGCUGCUUUUUAAUUUCAUAAAAAAAAAAUGUAACGGGAAAGGUGUUCCAAGAUGUGUUUUGUUUUUUAAAAAAAAAAAAAAAUCUGGUAGGUUCAGUAAGAGAUGAUUCUUACUGAAGUCUCAUUCUUCCUACUACCAUUCAGCAGCCAGGAAAAACUUGAAAAUGAUUUUUUUUUACCAUGUUACAAAAAAUGAACAGAAAUCUACUGAAAGAAUGAACAGCAACAAGUAAGCCGCUUCUGUACAAAUUUAUUCAACAGAGACAAAGCGUGCAGUUGGAGUAAGAUGCAAUACAACAGAACAGUUAACACAUCCUACGUGUAGUAUACGAAGGGAGUUUUUUUGAUGUAAAGCUCCUUCUUGCACCUUACUGCUGUGUGUAUCAGCUACUUUUAAGAACUAAUCUAGAAGUAGGAAAUUAAGGUAUUUCUUUUCCUGAUUUUUUUUUUUAAAAAGUUCAAGAUCAAAGUAACUAAUUUACUGCAUAUUAAUACUGAAUAUAUGUGCUUGUAAAAUCUGGCAAAUGAAUCAUAUUUUUAAUGUAUAUUUCAAAGUAAUGUAAAAUGUUUGGAAAUGCGAACAUUUUACUCAACUGAAACCGUGCAAAAAUCCUGGGAAUUCUGUCUGCCUUUUCUAAAAUCUGCCAUGAAAGUACACUCCUCUUACAAUUAAUGACAGAUGCGAGAUGACUAGUAUUAUUUUUACUGUACUCUUUAUCUUUAGUUUUGAUACUCUGAGUAACAGUAGCUUUCCCAGACUCUUCUGUCUUCUGACUCAAAUUUUUUAGUACAGAUUUCUCUGCAUAAUGUUUUUCUCAUAUUGUCAAGUCGCACCUUUCUUUCAACAGGCUCUGUGAAACUUCCUGACAUGUUGUAGAAGCAGUGUUACUGUCAGUAUUUUGAGAGCAAAUAUAUAUAUUCUUAUUUUAUAUAUAAACUUGCUACCCUGUACAAUACUAGAUUUAUAAAAUGAAAUCAGUGAAUUGCAUAGAGAUGGGAAAAUGAAUUUUAUAAAUACAAAUGUAAGUCAUGGGUGAAGCAGCCCCCUAAUAAGCAUUAAAAAAUCUUAUACAUAAAUGAUAUAUGGUGCCUAUGAGAAACUAAUGGAUCAAAAGAUCAUCUGUAAUUUAACUGAAGUUGCUGAAUGCUUCUGAAAGGUUAAUCUAAUGUCUCUAAUAGCUACAUUCCUGUAGCUAGGCAGGCAUUGUUGCAGUACUUCCACAGGCACUAUGGGAACUGACAUUCUUUUCCCUAGCAUAAAACGAGGACAUAGCCAGCAUCGUGUUUUGAUGCAAAGACAGAAUUUAACAUACUAGCCUAUAACUACACUGCUUGCUGUACUGUAAAAACAAAGCUGUGUUCCAGUUCAUAUAGAAAAGGACUACCUUAUUCCAAACCUAGCAUCAGAGUAGGCAAGUUUUUUUUAAUGUAUACUUUGAAUAUAAAUUAGGGUUUUUAUGCAUUAUGGAGCUGAUGUGCUACAACUACUAUUCAUGUCUUUGCAAUCCGUCCGUUUCAGUUACAUGCACGAUUUAAGGGAAACAGUUCAGAACUGCUCAGUUUGCCUACCUACAGAGUUUGAAACAUAAAAGCUCUAGAAUGCCAUAUUCUUCCCAUUCUUAAAGCUGGACUAGACAGUUAGCUGUCUUGUCCCACUUCUCUCCUUCCUCCAUUCAUUGGCAUCUUUGUAUGAAAAUCUUUAAUAGUUUUUUGUUUGGACAUUUCAAGUUCUGCACACAAUGUUUUUGCAUUUUACCAUUAUUUUGAUGUAAUGCCUAACAGGAUAACUCUGCAAAUGACUUGACUGGAAAAGGGUGAUUUACUUACGUUCCUUCCUUAUUGCCUACUAUUUAGCUGAUAUGUCCUAUCUAAAUUGAAUAUUGUAGGGCAGCUGGAGGACUCUAGAAUAUUUAGAGAGAAAUAAGCAGCUAACUACUAACUAGUUUUCUCUCUAAUCAUACCCAACUCCUUGAUAUAAGGCUUUGUGGUCCACAAGGGAUUUGAAAGACUUGCCUUGAUUUCUGUAUCAAAAGAAAACUUGGUGAUCAUUGCGUUAAGAUAAAUGAUUAAAGAUAAACUCAGACAUUUGA